ACCAUUUGAACCAUCUGAACUUCUUAUGGAGCGUGAGAUGAAUUCCGCGUUACACUUACGACCUCUUAGCUCUUCCUAUAAAUUUCUGUUGUUGGGUUUAUUCAGCAUACAUUUUUAACGGUUUCGUACGUAACAUAAGAUGGAUAAAUUAGUCAAGUUUUUCAAAGAAAAAAAUGUUGAUCGAAAGUUCUCCAAAUUGGGAGAAGGCCAUCGCCUUGGUGAUGCCAGUGUUCAACAUUCUGCCUCUGCUGCGAAUGCUAAACGUCAGUCGACAUCAUGUCAAAGUACACCACCUUCUUCGAGGUCAGUGGAAGCCACUAUGUCUAGAAUAGCCAUCACGGAAUCUCGGGGUACUAAUAAUCAAACUGUAAGCUCCACUCAAGAUGAGAGAAAUCUACAAUAUAAAUCAGUCGGAGUAGAAAAUCAGAUGCAAGCUUUGAGAGAAAUCCAUCCUGAAAAACCCAUACUUAUUCCAAAGCUUUUAUUUUGGUGCCCUAAUCUUUUUGGUGAUACAGUGUUGGGAAGUCGGGAUGAGAUUGAACAAGCUAUCCAAAAUUAUCUCUUAUCUGGUUCUGUUUGUAAUACUAAUGAAGCCAUAGUGUUAAUGGUUAUCAGAGGAAUAGAGAAAAGUAAACUUCCAUCAUCUUCAAACAUCCCAUUGUCAGAAUUACCGUCUCUUAGUGAAAUUAAACAGAAUCGUAAACAGAAUAUCGUUAGAAUUUUACAAAAUUUAAUUAGUGCACCAGAAAAUCCAGUUUAUCGACGUCUGCGUGCAUCAAAUAAAUUGAUACAAGAUCUUUUGUCUAUCGGUGGAUUCGAAUCUUUUCUCACAUUAUGUAAUUUUAAAAAGAUGAUGUUACCUGCCACACAUCCUAGUGGGCAACAACAAUUCGAAGGUGCUGAUGAAAAACCAACCGUGGAAAAUAACGAGGAUGUAGUUGAAGAGUACAAGGAGGCUUUCUAUGUAAUAUCAGAGGAAGAUGCUAAUAAUAGAGAGCAUUUAGAAAAAUUGUUGAAUCUACUUACCACAGCUGAUCCUAUUCUACCUGAAUUAUAUCGUAAUACCAAAGUGUAUCGAGCUACUGGUCGUACUCUGACGUGUAUUCCGCGUGAUGAUCUUCCUGAUGAGUUUUUCUCCUUAACAAAAGAAGAAUUUCGUAAAUAUUACGAUCAUCAACAUCGAAUUAUAGAAGAAAGUCGUAUGUUACUUACUAAAGCCAUGAGAGAACGAUUAAAAACGCAAAAUAUGAAAUCGUUUCGUUACGCUGUUAUUCGUGUUCGGUUCCCGGAUAACCUUCUUCUUCAGGGUACAUUUUAUGCUAUGGAUAAACUUUCAACUGUCCGACAAUGGAUUUCUGAAUGUUUAGCUAAGCCUUAUUUAUUUCGAUUAUAUGCCCCACCAAGCCUUCAAACAGCCACACUUACGAAUGCGCCUCCGACGGUGCCUGUUGAAUUAACCGAUGAUAAUCUUAGUUUAAGUGAAGUAGGUUUAGCACCUUCCAGUUUAAUCAAUUUGAUUUUCAAUGAUCGUUUACAACAAGCAUCUGGGACUAGUGUUUUACGCUUUGAUUUAAAUCAAUCGAUUGAAGACAUUUAGAGUAUUUUCGUCAUUUAUAUUCCUUCUGCUUCUUUAUUCCACAUCUGCUUAUUACUUUAUACAAGAGAGAGAAUGAUUAUUUAAAUGCUCCUUGUUUUUGCUAUUUCACAUUGUGUUGUCAACUACUUAUUCAGGGACUUACAAGAACUUUACCAAAUUUUCAUAUAUAUAUAUAUAUAUAUAUA